AUGAUCAAGCACCUGCAGAACAUCGAAUACUCCUCCCGCACCAAACUCUUCACCCGCGAGCGCGUCCGACACUUCACCUUCAACUUCACCCUGGAGAACCAGAUCCACCAGGGAGGAGAAUAUUUCAACGACAAGUUCAUCGGGCUGAAGAUGAAGUCGGUGACGUUCGAGGACUCGCUCUUCGAGGAGUGUUACUUUGAGGAUGUCACCUCCAGCAACACCUUCUUCAAGAACUGCACCUUCAUCUCCACCAUGUUCUACAACACGGAUCUCUUUGAGUACAAGUUCAUCAACAGCCGGGUGGUGAACUCCACCUUCCUGCACAGCAAGGAGGGCUGCCAGUUGGACUUCAGCGACGACAACAACGCCUACAUGAUCUACUUUGUCAGCUUCUUGGGCACCUUGGCCGUCCUGCCCGGGAACAUCGUCUCAGCUCUUCUGAUGGACAAGAUCGGGCGCCUCCGCAUGCUGG